ACUAGGUCUUUGUCCCAACAGAGGAUUAAAUGAGCUGUUUCCCAGGAUGAUGGAGCAGAGCGAUUCGUCACAAAUACAGCAUGAUGUUAUCAUCUGGUUCACAGAGUCCCAGCUCAGGUGUGUGAUCAGGAACGGUAUCAUCCCAGAAUGGUUUCAUGGGAUCAUUUCCAGGAGGGUGGCAGAGGAACUGCUGAGGUCCAAGCCUCCUGGCUACUUCCUCAUCAGAGUCAGUGAGAGCAGGAUCGGCUACUCUCUCUCUUACCGUGCUGAGGACCGCUUCAGACAUUUCAUGAUUGACGCAACGGCGGACGGUCAUUACAUUUUAGUAGGGGAGAACAGGCGUCACCGUUCUUUGCAGGAAAUGGUGGACUUUCACCGACGGACUCCCAUCAUACCUUUCAGUGAGGUGCUGACUGUCCCUUGUGGACAGACCUCAGACGACAAGAUUGACUAUGCAGAGUUGCUGUUUCCCCACAGACAUCCAAAUUCUAACAUAAGUUGGUUGCCACCCAACUCGCUACAUCCCAGCAUAGGUCACCCGUCAUCACAAGAAGAAAUCCCUCCUGCCCUUCCUUAUCGACCAAAUAACAUGAAGAACUCUGCAGUCCUGUCUCUGCACAAACUUUACCCAAAUUUGGAAGAAGACAUUCCACGCGACAUCUUCCCUCUCCCAGCCCUGCCUGUGACCAGAGAGAGAUUCACAGCCAACAACCUUCCAUCCGACCCGCUUCCUGAGGUCCCUGCUCGGAACCAGGCUUGUGGCAGAACGGUCUUUCCACAUGAGAGUCCCCCUACACCACCAGCCACCGAGCCCCCCCUCAGCGGCAAAACCCAGUCUGCAAAGAACCUGGAGGCAAAGUUGUCCGUCGUCUCCAACCUGAAGAACCUCAAGAAGAAGUUCCAAAAGAAGAGAAGCAAGGAUUGUUUGUACGCAGAGGUUAACAUGGAGGCCACUGAAAGGAGUGAAAACGCUGGCAAUGAGUACCAGAAUAUCACCAAGCAGCAGACUUCCAAUGCUCAACCAUUUUCCGACACUAAUGUGAAACUGACUGAUGGAGGGUUACCUUAUGAAUACUUCCCACCUCCACCUUUUGCUCCAGGUUACUAUGACAAUGAUGCUUAG